GCGCGUCCGCGGCGCCGUGACUCGGCGGCUCCGCAGCGGCUGCAGCGGGAGGACCCGGCCGGAGCCGCCGCCGCCGCCGCCAUCGCAGCCGGGCGGCCGGGCCCCCGCCGCCGGGAUGCCGAGGAGCCGGGGCGGCCGCGCUGCGCCGGGCCGGGCCGCGCGCUGGAGCGCCUGGCGGGCCCCGGGGCGGCUGCUGCCGCUGCUGCCCGCGCUCUGCUGCCUCGCGGCGGCGGCGGCGGGGGCCGGGGAGCCGGCCGGGGCGGACGCGCCCUUCGCCGGGCAGAACUGGUUGAAAUCAUAUGGCUACCUGCUUCCCCAUGAGUCACGGGCCUCUGCGCUGCAUUCAGGGAAGGCCUUCCAGUCAGCUGUCUCUACCAUGCAGCAGUUCUACGGGAUCCCAGUCACCGGUGUGUUGGAUCAGACAACAAUCGAGUGGAUGAAGAAACCUCGAUGUGGCGUCCCUGAUCACCCCCACUUGAGCAGGAGGCGGAGAAACAAGCGCUAUGCCCUCACUGGACAGAAGUGGAGGCAGAAACAUAUCACCUACAGCAUUCACAACUAUACCCCAAAGGUGGGUGAGCUGGACACACGGAAAGCUAUUCGUCAGGCUUUCGAUGUGUGGCAGAAGGUAACCCCGCUGACCUUUGAAGAGGUACCGUACUAUGAGAUCAAAAGUGACCGGAAGGACGCAGACAUCAUGAUCUUCUUUGCUUCUGGUUUCCAUGGUGACAGCUCCCCAUUUGAUGGGGAAGGGGGAUUCCUAGCCCAUGCCUACUUUCCUGGCCCAGGGAUUGGAGGAGACACUCACUUUGAUUCAGAUGAGCCCUGGACGCUAGGAAAUGCCAACCAUGAUGGCAAUGACCUUUUCCUGGUGGCUGUGCAUGAACUGGGCCAUGCACUGGGCCUGGAGCACUCCAAUGACCCCAGUGCCAUCAUGGCGCCCUUCUACCAAUACAUGGAGACGCACAACUUCAAGCUGCCCCAGGAUGAUCUCCAGGGCAUCCAGAAGAUUUACGGACCCCCAGCUGAGCCUCUGGAGCCCACAAGGCCUCUUCCUACACUCCCGGUCCGCAGGAUCCAUUCACCGUCUGAGAGGAAACAUGAGCGGCAGCCCAGGCCCCCUCGGCCACCUCUGGGGGACCGACCGUCCACUCCAGGUGCCAAACCCAACAUAUGCGAUGGCAACUUCAACACGGUGGCCCUCUUCCGGGGCGAGAUGUUUGUGUUUAAGGAUCGCUGGUUCUGGCGCCUGCGCAAUAACCGGGUGCAGGAGGGCUACCCCAUGCAGAUUGAGCAGUUCUGGAAGGGCCUGCCCGCCCGCAUAGAUGCAGCCUACGAAAGGGCUGAUGGAAGAUUUGUCUUCUUCAAAGGUGACAAGUAUUGGGUAUUCAAAGAAGUGACGGUGGAACCUGGGUACCCCCACAGCUUGGGAGAGUUGGGAAGCUGCCUGCCCCGUGAAGGAAUCGACACGGCUCUGCGUUGGGAACCUGUGGGCAAAACCUACUUUUUCAAAGGCGAACGGUAUUGGCGCUACAGUGAGGAGCGGCGAGCCACAGACCCUGGCUACCCCAAGCCCAUCACCGUGUGGAAGGGCAUUCCGCAGGCUCCACAAGGGGCCUUCAUCAGCAAGGAAGGAUAUUACACCUACUUCUACAAAGGUCGGGACUACUGGAAGUUUGACAACCAGAAACUGAGCGUGGAGCCAGGCUACCCACGCAACAUCCUGCGCGACUGGAUGGGCUGCAAGCAGAAGGAGGUAGAGCGGCGAAAGGAGCGGAGGCUGCCCCAGGACGACGUGGACAUCAUGGUGACCAUCGAUGACGCACCGGGUUCCGUGAAUGCUGUGGCUGUGGUUGUCCCCUGCACCCUGUCCCUCUGCCUCCUGGUGCUGCUCUACACUAUCUUCCAGUUCAAGAACAAGGCGGGUCCUCAGCCCGUCACCUACUAUAAGCGGCCAGUCCAGGAGUGGGUAUGAGCAGCCCAGAGCCCUCUCUGUCUACUCAGUCUGGCCAGCCAGGCCCUUCCUCACCAGGGUCUGAGGGGCAGCUCUAGCCACUGCCCACCGGGGCCAGCAGGGCCCUAGGCCAGGUUCAUGUGUAGCUGAAGUGGUGGGUGCAUUGGUCUAGGCUGAGUGUGGGGCAGGGAGUGAUGGUGGCUGUGUCCCGGGGCUGGGUAGCUGGCACCCAGCUGCCAGCCUUCUGUCCUGGGUACACCACUCUCUACUCAAGGGAAUAGGCCAGGCCCCGUCGUGAGGCAAGGAUCGUGCCAGGAGGUGCCCCUGAGGUCACUGCAUCCCGCAGUGUCUGCAAGGUACUGCAGCUCCAGUCCUGGCUGGGACCCAGUCCUCUGAGGCAAGCCAGCACUAGCUCUCAACCCCGCCCCCACCCCCCACCCCAAGAUGCCACCAAUCCCAGUCCCUCUGCCAACACCUGCUGGUCAGAUGUCCCCUCGCCCCUACCCACUAUCCUCCAAGGCUACUGUGCCCCUGCUGCCAGCACAGUGGGCAAAGGCCUAGGUUUCCCCUGCUAGCCAAUAGCAGAUUCCUCAGGAAACCUGCUCUGCUUGUCAGGUCUCCUCUGAGACCCAGGACUUAGGGUCACAUGCUGCAGGCAAGGCUGUGGCCCAGCUGGAUCUCACAAAGACCCAGCUGUCAUGUCGUGAAUAUUUAAAUGUCCUGUCACUACUGUUUAAAGUCCCAUUUUGCAAAGUCUACUUGAGGCUUUAGGUCAACUAGAGGUGACUGUCUUGGUGACGAGGCCAGUGUGGUGGCCCUUCCCCAGGCACUAAGGACCAUGGUGCUGCAAAGGCCACGCUAGCAUCCUGAGAGUAGCGGUUGCCCUGUUCAGGAGGUUCAACAGCUUGGGCAGGAGCUGACCCUGGUUCUGGAGGCAGAUCCAAGUUUGUGACCAUCUUCUACUCCCCUUCUGUUAAUGUCCCCACCCUGCUCCAGCCUGUCUUUUGUGCCCUGGGGGCUCAGCCUGACUGGCUAGGUAAAGCAGAGAUGGCUCUACCACUGUCAUAGCCUCAGAGUAAGGGACCAGGGAAGUCACAUCCCCAGUGACCCUAAGGCAACUCAAUUUCUCAGCCUGGAGGCCACGUUUGCACUCCUCCCUUGACCCUGGCACCCCAGCUCACUUGGCCCAUCUUCCUGCACUGCUCCUAGGAAAAGGGUACCUCACGCUGGUAGCAGCCCUGAGCUUAGGAGUUUCCCCUCACCCCUACCCCAUCCCACAUUAUUAUGAUUUAUCCCAAGGCCCUUUAUAUCUGACAGGAGUUCCCAGGCCUUGGCACGGUUGCUCCAGCCUGGCAACCAUGCUUGUCACUAGGCAAGAUCAGUGGAUGCAGUGAUGCUCGCUGGCUCUCUGCCAAGCCCCCAUUGGUAAGAGGCAGCUGUCGGGGUGCUAGUGGGUCGUCAAGACACCAACCCUGGCCUCCGAGCCUACACAGGCCAUGGCCCUGCCCUGUGGCCUCUGGGAUUUGGGUCAGCUUGCCCUGUAGCACAGGCAGGGACUCUUGCUGCCCUGGGAGCUGUUGAGUAAAUCUCUUGUCCCAGAAACAUCUGGGUCCACUGUAUCCCAUCAUCACCAUCCCGUUUUUUCUCAUUUCGGCCAAGGGCAGGCUCCCUGGGGCAGGCAGGGAACAGCUGCAGAGAUUUAGUGAUUCAUAGGUUUGUACAGUGUUUUAUACUUUGCAAAGCACUUUGUUAGCUCACGCCUGCCCACUCACAUGAAAGCCCUGUAGGCCGAGGCUGAGGGGAAGGCUCACCUUGUCCUCAGACGAAGCACAGGUCUUGGUAUCUGCCCCUGCCAUCCCGUAGCCCUGGCUGUGGGCCCUUCUAGUCCUCUCUUCCAGGCCUCUCUCCCCAUCUCCCAGGCCCUCUCCUCAGGUUGGUGCUCUCACUUCCUGAAAGCUCUAGGCCCCGCAGGCUCCCUGCUGGCUCCUGGUACUCCAAGGCCAGUUGAGAGAGGGCAGGAGAUGGAGGCAGGCAGCCUAGGCUGUGGAUGGGAGGGAUGCAGGGCCGGGCCCAGAGGGACUCAGCCUAGAGGCUUCCAAUCUUGGACUCUUCUGCCUGCUGUCAUCUGUUUGUCCAUCACCCAGGUCAGAGCAGUCAGAGGGGCAAAGCAUCGGGGCUUCCAGAGCUCAGUUUCCCCUCAACCUGGGUGACAUCACAGCAUUUCAGUGUCGGUCACAUUUUAAACUGAUCAGCCUUUGUACAAUGUUUUUUAAAUCAUUUCUAAAUAAAACAGAAAUACAGUGUC